UGUUUAGAAAUGAAAAAGAGUUAACAGAAUCCUUUUAAUUCGUUCAAUCAUGAAAAUUUUCAUUCUUACAGAAAGUUAUUAUCACGACGCACCGAAAUUUUCUUGUAGAGAAUUGAAUUUAAGAAAAAGGAUCUUUUCCGAAAUUUACUUACUGUACAUCAUGUCUGGUCAUGGUCACAGUCAUGGUGGUUGUGGAGGUCAUGAUCAUGACCAUGAUCAUGUGACUGAUGCUGAUAGAGCAGCAGCCUACAGUUUAUAUCUGAAAAUAGAUACAGAGAAAGUUCAAUGUCUGAAUGAAGCUGAUGACGGGUCUGGAAAACUGGUUUUCAAAGCUUGGGAUCAACGCAUGGACAAGGAAAAGUUUGUCGAGAGUGACUGUGAUGAAGAGUUAUUAUUUAAUAUUCCAUUUACUGGUAGUGUAAAGUUAAAAGGAAUAAUAAUCAUCGGUGGUGAAGAAGACACACAUCCUAAUAAAAUGAGAGUGUUUAAGAAUCGACCAAAUAUGACAUUUGAUGAUGCAGCUAGUAAACCUGAACAAGAAUUUGAGCUGGCUAUAGAUCGCAAUGGGGAAAUAGAAUACACUACAAAAGCAGCCAGGUUUAACCAGUGUGAGUGUAUAUCUUUACAUUUCCCCUCUAAUUUUGGUGGUGAGACGUCUAAGGUGUAUUAUAUUGGAUUGAAAGGAGAUUUUACACAGGCUCACAGACAUGAAGUUACAAUAUGCACAUAUGAAAGCUCUCCAAAUGUUGCUGAUCAUAAAACUAACUUAUUUGACUCUGUAAAUCAGCAAAUCCACUGAAGAAAGUGAAACAUUUAGUGUCUAAUAUUGAGUGCUAAUGAAAUUCCUACACCAGUGAUAUGUGCAAAUAAUUAAUGGGUUUAUGUUUGUAUUCUCUUUGCAUGUGUAAUAGCCGAUGGCUAUAACUGAAUUCAUUCUGCAAUAAAAUGGCAUGUGUUUUUCCUGUAAUAAAAUAUUUUAUCUCCAAGGUUAA